UAUCGCGAAAAGUCCAUCACUAAGCUCACGAGGAGUAGCACGUCUAAAAAUCAAUUUUAUUGAAAUUGAAGCGACCGCGAACGAGAAUUCCUCCAAAGCUCAAUUAAAUGCAAGUGCAAACUGCAUUUUGCGAGCGAUUUCGGUGAUACGAGAAUUGGGUGUUCUUUCAAAGGGUUGCUUAAUAGCUGAGCCCUCGAUUUCCGACCGUGUGCGUUGAUUCAAAGCCGCAAAAGUGGAUACCGAAACAGUGAAAAUCGAGGAUUUGAUGGACUCUGAUCCUGAAAUCGAGUUCAUUGAAAAGGAUAGCGGGAUGUCAUCGUUGGGUGGCAGCAAAGACGAAACGCCCGAGCGGCGGGCAGUGGCUGCUACUACAAAUGAGCCACAGGGCGAGAACUACGAUGAUGAACCUGAUGAGACGGCGGCCGAGCGAUUCUGGGGCCUGACGGAGAUGUUCCCCGAGCCACUGCGCAAAGCGGUAGGUGCCGUGAGCAGUGCUACUGUGAACGGCGUCAAGGGAUUCUACACGUUCUCGUGCAACGCCAGCUGGAUAUUCUUCACCAGCUCGGUCAUCCUGUUCGCACCGGUCAUCUUCGAGACGGAGCGCGCCCAGAUGGAGGAGCUGCAGAGGUCGCAGCAGAAGCAGGUGCUCCUGGGACCCAGCAGCGCGAUGGGACCCGGCGGAUCCUCGCCCAGUUUACCCUUGAUUCGUUAACCGAGAGAAAUACCCUACCACAUACGCAUAUUAGAUCUACGAUAACCGGCAGCGGAACUCCGGAAAUUGCCACACGUUAGCUUAAGUUUGUCGAUACCAAUCAAUCCCAGUCGAAAUCGAGAAGUAGAGGACGUCUCAAAUGGCCGAGAAGGUAAUAGAACCAGCGGUUCCCCUAAAAGCAGCCACCCAUCAAAUGCCACUCCAUAGCCCAGCAUUUACACGUUUACACUCGAGGAACUCCAGGCCCCGAAAAAAGGAGACGUCCCCUUCAAUCGAAACGAGCAGUUGCAAAACUUCAGAUAGGUGUUAGCAUUGUAGUUGGCGUACAGUGUAUAAACAAAGCAACCACUACGGUUUAAACCAAUUAAUAAAAAUACGUUUAUUAAUAGUUAAAA